AUGCAGCUGGGACUGGUGGCUCUGGCGAUGGUCUAUCUCGGAUCCAUGUGUCACAGCGACAGCGGCCUCAAGCUCUCAAAGGGACGGAGGCAGAGACGGAUUAGCACUGAGGGGCCACCAUCUUGCUCAAAUGGCUGUGAGCGAUGUUCCGAAUACAAUGGCUGUAUAAAAUGUAAGCCCAAACUCUUCAUUCUCCUGGAGCGCAACGACAUCCGCCAGAUAGGCGUGUGCCUCGCCUCGUGCCCACAGGGAUACUUCGGCAUGCGGACUCCCGAUACCAACAGAUGCAUCCAAUGUAAAAUAGAGAAUUGUGAGGAGUGUUUCAAUCGAAAUUUUUGCACAAAAUGUAAGGAGGGCUUAUAUUCACACAGAGGGCGAUGCUACCCCAGCUGCCCUGAAGGCCUCAGCACCACCAACGGGACCAUGGAGUGUGUAGAAUGUGAACUGGGCGAAUGGAGCCAAUGGGGUUCCUGUAUGAAGAAGAACAAGACGUGUGGCUUUAAGAAAGGCACACAGACCAGAAUGCAAGAGCUUCUUCAUGCCUCCAGCCCUGACACGGUCUCUGCGUCAUCCCCCCGGCCAUGUGCUCCACAGACUGAGAGACAGAAGUGCACAGUGCAGAAGACACCAUGUGGAAAAGGAGGCAAGAAUAAGGGCGAGCGACGAGACCAGCAGAGGAGGCGAGACAAAGAAAACGUCCGAGGCCAUGGCCACGAGGGCAAAGAGGGUGGCAAGAAGGGUGGCAAAGAGGGAGGAAAAGAAGGAAGCAGAGAGGGGGGCAAAGAGGGAGGAAAAGGAGGAAGAGAGGGUGGCAAGGGAGGCGGCAGGAGGAAAAAGGGCCAAAACCAGGCCACCACUGCGCCCAGCCUUACCCCUAGCACUGUAGCCUAG